AUGCAAAGACCGAGCCCGCCCAUUGCCGUCCCCGUGGACCUGGCUUUCGGCUUCGAACUUGAGUUUCUGGUUCCACAGAAGCGCGAGGGAUACUCCUCCGAAAAUCACAGUGACCGCGGCCCCUACACCGACGGGCUCCCGUUUCAAUGGGCUUGCCCAGCCGACGAACACGAUCCUAAAAAAAAGAUUCUGGAGCUAUGCACCGAAGUCAUGUCGAGGCGCAUCAUGGGGACAAUUAUAUGGUACCGCGUCCCGGACGCGACCUCUUCGGUGGAAUGGGAUCCCUUGGACGCCUCGUUCUGGGUCUUGCGGCCAUCCACCCAUGCCAAGGGUCAAGAUUGUUGCCUUGACGUUUACAAAUGGUUCGGUCUGAAGCUGCGCAGCCCCUUGUAUGCCGAGGACAGGCAUGAAUAUUGGAAAUCGGAAACGCAUAUCGGCAUCGCGUCAUUACGGAAUUCCGUCAGGAUGCACGCCAACUCGACUUGCCCGUUCAACGUCUUCUUCGAGCCAAGCUGCCCUUGGUUGGAACUGACAGACUUCAAGAAGCUCUUCACGCUCCUGUAG